GGCAACUGGAUCAUCGCUGCAGAUACGAUGUUGACCUUCGCCCUCCUUUAGCCAUUCUGAAAUGGGCUAACAACACGAGCGAAGUGGGAGGAGACAGUUGGUAUUAGCCGAACAACUCGCGCCCGGGGUAUAUCAUUCUAGCUUUCGCGCAUGUACACUCUGCUUAAUCCUGCUGACCUACCACAAAAUAUCAUCGCAGACACCCCCCCAAGCUUACCUGCUUACACAUAGCCAUCCAGCAAUUCAUUUUGGAAGACCAGCGGAACAAGACCAUGCCUGUCCCAUACAAGAACAUUGGUCCCGUAAAUCCCGCGGAUGAGGUUGACCUGUCGAAGUUGAAGGACAAGAACGUCAUUGUUACUGGCGGUAGCUCUGGCCUUGGGUCUGCAUAUGUGCAAGCUUUUCUAUCCGCUGGUGCCUAUGUGACGAAUGCAGAUGUCCAGGAACCGGUCAAUUACUCUCCACCCUCGGAGGGCAAAUAUCAAUACGUUCGGUGCGACGUAACAAAAUUCAAGGACCAGGUCAAUGCUUUCAAAUCUGCGCUCAAAUUAUCACCAACGGGGAGAAUCGAUGUGGUUGUAGCAAAUGCUGGAAUAUCAGGACUAGAUCCUGUCUUCACACUUUCUGACACUGCUGACCCUGAAGAGCCAGAUCUCAAGAUCUUGAAUGUUGACCUCAUCGGUGUCCUAUGGACUGCAAAGUGCGCCAUGCACUAUUGGCAAUUUGAUUCCCGGCCUCCACAAGAAAAGUGCUUCAUAAUCAAGUCCAGUCUCGCAGGCUACCUAGCGGUUCCUGCCGCAACCUUGUAUUCUGUUUCCAAAUAUGGUGUCAGAGGCCUUAUGGUUCAGAUGCGCAUGGCAGAUCGUUGUAGGGUCAACGUGAUUGCGCCGUGGUUCAUCAGCACCGACAUAAUGAGCGAUGCAGUCAAAGAGAGAAUCGGAGCCAGCUUAAAGAGCAUGAAAAGCGACUGGGCUGAAGUAGAAGAUGCUGCAAAGGCUGUUAUGAAGGUUGCUACUGAUGAGAACAUCAAUGGCCGCGCAUUAGCAAUUGUCCCGAGAAUGGACGUUGAAGAAGGGUAUAUGGACUGCGAAGCGGACCAGUAUCCUGAGGGCACCUUGUUACACAAAUGGUCAAAUUUCUUUGAUAGUGGCUUCAACCAUCGGACGCUUCCUAAGGAAAAGCAGUAGAUUACGGAAUUCAAAUAAGUAUAUACAAAGAUACAGCAUCUUACUCGAACAUCUUCAGAGGAGAUGAAUUAUCAAAUAUCAUUGAGGUAAUGCGCUUAAUGCAAGUUUCUGUAACUAGUGCACGAAGAUGAUGUCAAAAAAUAGCUUAUCGGAAAAUGAAUAAAUAAG